ACUGGGUGAUCUACGACGUCAUAGCCCCGCGACUAGCGAAAGGACAGCAAAGAAGGAGACAUGGCUGCAAGGUUACUGCUCCGCUCAGCUUUCCGAGCCGCAUCAACCUGCCGGGCGGCCCCGGUGCCCGCUCUGACCCGCGGCAUGGCGGCUGGAGGGAUCCCCACUGACGAGGAGCAGGCCACCGGCCUGGAGAAAGCCAUCAUGAAGGCCAUGAAGGAGGGAGCGGACCCCUACAGCAUGAUGAAGCCUAAAGAGUACGCUGGCUCCAAGGCCGAUCCUCACCUCGUUCCCUCCAUCACCAACAAGAGGAUUGUGGGAUGCGUCUGUGAAGAGGACAACACGGCCGUGGUUUGGUUCUGGCUCCACCAGGGCGAUGCCCAGCGCUGCCCGUCCUGUGGCUCCCACUACAAACUGGUGGCCCACCAACUCCCCCACUAACUCCCACACACCUCUCUUAAUAUAGACAUUAGUCUUCAGAACGACUCAAG